AUGGCAGCAAUUUUUGGAUCUUCCACUGGCAGUUCACCAUACUACUACACUCGCGCAAGAAAAGCAGAAGUGAAGACCAAGGAGGAUACAAAGAUGGCAUCUAAACCCUCAACCACCACUGCUUGGUUGAAAUAUAACUCUACUAGCAAAUCAAAAGUGCAGUCUCUUGGUCCAACUUCCAAGCCAGCACUUAGUAACCAGGCAGACAUUGUCACAACAUCUUGCAAACCCAAGGAAGCUGAACAUCUCACAACUGAGAGUCUGGUGAAUAGUUUGAAUAAUGUCAUUGUCUCGAUAGGCAAAUGUGCCGACACAAUUAUAGAUGCACUUCAGCACAUACAAGUAGAGCCAAUGUGUUUUUCGAAUGUUUCUUUUCAUGAAUUUGUGACCAUGCUUGACUCUAUCAGCGGGAAUGAUACACACUUCUUGAAAGCAAACGAGAUAUCAUCUGCAAUCUCGAGCGAGCCCCAUUCCCUCUCGUUUAUGCGAUCUCUGUUGAUGGUUAACGUCAUACCUGGUUGUAUCUAUUCGGAGGAUAUCUUCACUAUCCCCAAUAUGCAACUCACUUUAACCCCCACCACCUCAGAGGCGGCGGAGACUGAGGUGCUGUGGUACAUGGAGACCAUAUUUUCUCAAUCUAAAUGUGUCGCCCUCAAGAAGAUAGAGAAAGUCCUUGUUACUCACUGCAAAAUCAUAUGCAUAUUAUUCAUCCUCAUAUCUGAGCAAACUCAUUAUGAAACACCCUCAGAGGAUUCCCCUACUUACAGCCAAGCACUCGCUGACAAAUCUCUGUGCCCAUACACCUCUUUUUCACCACACAGGGAUGGAGACAAGUUAUUUGAUCCCGUUAAAGCGAUGGGUCAUGACUGGAUCAAUGUAUCUAAGGUCGAGUACUUUGUCUGGCUUAAGGAGGACGACAAUGUCAUCAAUAUAAACGAUCCUCACAUGGCUUAUGGAGUGGCAUCCACAAGCACUACCAUGUCAACACUAGUUAAAAACAACAACACUAAAGCUAGAGUGAUGGGCGAUGGCGAUGCGAGUCCAGAGCCCGAACUUAUGAUGGAUGUCAAGAUACACGACAGUGACAUUAGGCACUUUGCCCAGCUUGGCUUUGCACUGCCAGUCAAGGCUCUCACGAAACAACAUGGAUUUCAUGGAGAUGCUAUUCAGAAUGUUUACAUGCAACUGAACGGCUAUGCAGAGGCAAUAGAAGUCAUUAAGGAGAUGCGGGAUGCUGCAGAGGAGCUGUUAUGA